CACAAUCUGUCUGUUGUCUUCCAUUGCACUAUUUUAAUCCUUUGACAAUUUUCACAAAAUUCGUAGACUUUGAUUCCUUCCUGGGUCGUAAGCCACGUGCAAUCGACCAUCAACCAGAAGACAAGCCUCUACUUUUCCGUCUUCCAAGUUCCAAGCCGCUAAAUGAAAGCUACCCCGUUGAUUCAUUAUUCCUGCGCCUUUUGGUUGGAAUACUUUUGCCCAGAAAAAAACUAGCAACUUGAUGUUCUUUUUCUAGGUGAGGAAGAAAACUGGUCAAAGAUUCUGAUCUGUUGUCUUGGAAGUUGCUAAUGCACUGUUUUACGAUCAGGCCAGUCCCUUCAGCUGUCAAUCGCACACCCCUUAUUGCAAAUUGGACCUGCUCCCUUUAAUCGCUGGUCCUGAUUGGAUUGUUGCUCUGAUACCAAUUGAUAGAGAGGGCCAGGUCUAAGCAAAGUAGAAUACUUAUUUUUGUGAACUUUACAAGAUUCAUUGUGUUUUCUAAAUAUAAAUAGAGAACAAACCAACACGUCUUUUACUAACCAACACAACUAUUACAAACCAACACAUCUAUUAACAUUAGAAACUACCCUUAAGUGCUUUUAGAAACUACCCAACUGUUUUUUAAUUAAUUAAAUAUGUAAAAUGCACUAACCGACACCAUACUAACUGACCCGAUCAUUGACUCAUUACCCAUUUGGUGAUAUGUGAACAAACCCGAUUAAAUCUAACAUGUAUGUAUAUUGUUCAAAAUGAGAGGUGAUUCUGGUUUUCAAAAUGAGAUAUUUGAAAUUGCAUUCCCCAUGAAUGGACUAGAAUAAAUUAUUGGACGUCACCUGAUUUUGGAGAUUACCCUACCCCAUGAUGUGCACCUGAAUCUAGUGCUUUUCAAUAUCACCUGAUUUAAAAUCUCAUUUUGAAAAUGCAAAUCAAAACCACCCUGUAAAUAUCCCAACAUAUAUGGAAUUAUGCUAUUUAUGAUGAUGAUGAUGAUAAUAUACUCAUUUUAUGACAUUGCUAGGCCGAUAAUGGUUGCUUCCAUAGUUAUAAGUCAUUGCCCAAUCGUCGAUUAGGCGGUAAGUCGGUCGACUAAUCAUCCCACAUUGCAUAAUCGAUGACCAAGUCGACCUGCCCCCUUUUUACCCGGCCCAGUUUUAAAAAGAAAUUGGCUUACAUGUUUACGCCUUUUCAUUUUAAAAACCUUUUCCGUUCCUCCCUGCGCCACCCUUCACCGUCAAUAUUCCCAGGGAAGCUUCCCUUGUUGUCCCUGUUCCAUUUUCAUCCAGGCACCCUCCCCCUCUUCAUGUCUUUUUCUACUCAUUUAUAUUUGUUUGAUGAUAACAUUUUUAUUUUUAUAUACUUCGAUAUGAUGUGACUAAUUUCUCUUUGUAAUUACAUCAUACGGAGUAUUCAAUUAUUCAGGUUAAUUUGGAACAGCCUCCCUACCUUUUUUAGGUUGGGGUAAGGUUUAUGUACAUGCACCCCCACCAGACUCCACUUGGGGGGACCAUAUUGGGUAAUGACCAUUAUGAGUAACAACCAAUUCUCUUCCACAGGCCUGAUGAAGCAGAACUAUUUCAGACAUCUGCACAGAACACAUAUAAACAGUUCCGAGAUAAGGCCGCAUUUUCAAGAUCAAUGAAUGUAGACGAAAUGGAAGCAGUGGCACAAGGGAGGGUUUGGACUGGCAAUGAUGCCAUCAAACACGGCCUUGUUGAUGCAAUUGGUGGUAUUUCUCGUGCUGUCGCAAUUGCUAAACAAAAGGCCAAUAUACUUCAGGAAAGACAGGUUGAUGUUGUGGAGAUGUCAAGGCCUUCUCCAUCUUUGCCAGAAAUAUUGAGUAGUACGGGAAACAGUUUAGUCGGAGUGGACCGAAGCUUAAAAGAAUUGCUCAGUGAAAUGGCUUUUUCAGACGGAAUCCAAGCCCGCGUUGAUGGAAUCAUGCUUGAGAAAAUGGAAGGAGCUGCUCAUGGAGUUCCCUUGUUGAGGUUGAUAAAAGACUGCCUCAGCUCUUUAUGAAAGGUUAAUUUUACACAUUCCAUCUCAAUCCCUUGUUGAAGUGCCUCUUUUUUUUUACCCGGGCUAAUGAUAACUUUAGCUAUAUCUUCCCACUUGGGCAUGUCUAAUGGGUGCUUUUUUAGGAGUGGGAUAUGAUGAUGAGUGGAAAAGGAGGGGGGUGGAUGAGAGAGGGGUGAGGACUAUGGGGAGAGGAACCUAAUUGGUUGAAGAAUAGGUGUGAGCCUUUUUUCCUUUGAUCUAUAGUUGGUUCUUUUUUUUUCUGCAUCAUAUUCAAGUAAUUCAACCAUAUAAAAUAUAUUGGUUCUAUUGUGAUUUUUUUAAAGGAUGGAUGAAUUAACAUUUCCAAUAAAUUCUAUUAGUAUUU